AUGGCAUAUGUAAAAGGAAAAGGAAUCCUGUAUGAGGAUGAUGAUGCACCAAUUCAGCUUGUGGAAUCAGAGAACUCUCAUGUUGCGGAGUUUCGACUAUCAUUGAUUGGAAAGAUACUGAACCCAAAGAAGCAGAAUGUAGAGAAACUGAUUCAGUAUAUGAUUAACAAGUGGGGUAUGGCGGAUAGGGUUACUGCGAAUGAUCUUGGUGCUGGUAGAUUCCUUUUUACAUUCACAACUGAGGAGGACAUCAAGGAGGUACUUCGACAGGGCCCGUUCCACUACAACUAUUGGAUGUUCGUGUUGGUGAGGUGGGAGCCGAUUGUCCACGAUGAUUAUCCAUGGAUUAUCCCCUUUUGGGUUCAGAUAACAGGAUUGCCUUUGCACCUGUGGGAUGUGGACAAUUUAAAAAGAAUUGGAGGUCGCCUAGGUCACGUUGAUACCAUGGAGCUGGCGGAAUGGAGGAUGCUGAUCGAAAUAGAUACGAGAAAGCCUAUGAAAUUCACUAGAAAGGUAUCAGUUGGUGAGAAGGAGGUUACGAUACAAAUUGCUUAUGAUCUUCUGUUCAAACAUUGCUCAACAUGUGGAAUGUUAACACAUGAGAAAGAGCAUUGCCCUACGGUAAAGGAGGAUAUUAAGGCUCAACUACCACUGGAAAGAUCUGACGUUUUUGCACGAGUCCAGUUACCACAGGGUAGGCCUGAUCGUCAGUCUUUGCUGAUGAAUGGGAGUAUGCGCGACAGGGAUCAUGUUCGUCAGGGUGAUGCAUUGGCCAGCGUGAACAGAGACAGAGAUCAUGGGUUCCAGGUGAGCCAAUACAGAGGAUUCAACAACAGCAAAUAUGAUUCCUAUUCGAAAAGGGUCAUCAGAGCUCGCGAUGAAAGACCACGCAGUAAUCGUUAUGGUGGUUCGCGGUUUGGUGCUAGACCAUAUGGUCGGUAUGGUAAGGAGGAGGCAACAUAG